AUGGCAGCCCCCAUUGAGAGGAUCAAGUCCUCGAUCGAUAUGACCUUAGGGGGCCCCCAUCGAGACAUCUUCGCUCGUGCGGUAUCCAACGUCCUUGCGACUGAGCUCGCGAAGAUUACCUAUGCUCAGAUCAUUGAUGGACUUCCCCUAGCCAGCGUUGCCGAAGAGACAGAAUCUAAUUUGCUGCCGGAUCGGCACCCACUUUUUGAUGUGCACACGGAGCUUUGCCCCGGGGUUUUGGAAAAGACCGAGGAGUUCCGGGCCCAGUUUGAUCCUGGCUCCCUAGAAUUGGAUGCAAAUCUGAUCAACGCGUACCGGGUCGCCUCGCCCGGAUCAAGAGCGUUCAAGACACGACUAAUUGAGAUGAUAGCCGUAGCGAUACACGAGAUCGCCGUCCAGCUGUUCAAACUCGGGACAAGUCUUCAUACCAACGACCCCAUUGCUUCGUGGGUUCCGGCUAAGGAUGACAUGUUCUGGAGGUUUUUCCCGCAAGGCGCCUGGCCCACGCUCUUCCGUCACCGCUGGUACGUCGACGACGACCAGUACCCCGACGGCGUUGCCGACGUGGUGGGGUACUGGGCUGAGGCGCGCAUCUUGGGCGGUGUCGUUCUCUUCGACAGGCGCGACCCGGCGACUUGUCCGGACGCGCAGCCCGAUUCUAUCUGGUUCCAUUCUGAACGCGUCGACGUGACCUAUCGGAUGUACCAGCUCCUCGACGAACAGAAGCAGCAGCUCCUUGACUUUUUGACGUCCGAGUCUCCGGAUCUCAACUUGCUCCCGAUUCUCGGCGACGAGAAAAACACCCGGCGAGAGGACCCAGAGGAGCCCCUCGAAAACACUGGCAUCUACCGCAACAUAUAUGAGCGCAAGCCGCUCGGGGAAGAUGAUGGGGAUUACAGGUACAAGGAUGUAUGGGAUAAGUUUGAGUUCCCUACGACGGCGGACAUGAUGCGGGCCCGUGGCCGGGCGUAUGAUCGCCGCGCCGGACCUUAUCACCGGAGGUGA